UUUGUGUGAUUUAUUUGGAUUAUUUCAUUAAAAAAAAGUUACAUUGAUAGUAAUGCGAUAUUGCAGUCGCUGUAAAACGCUUUUCAGCCAAAAGGUAUAAAAUUGCACGCAUCCAACUGUGUUGAAUGCUCUGUAAAAAUGGCUUCGGAAACUCGAAAAGUCGUUAUUCACCUGAGAGCCACUGGCGACGCCCCGAUUCUCAAACAGGCCAAGUUCAAGAUGGCUGGGAGUGAUAAGUUUGUUAAAGUAAUAGAUUUUCUCCGUCGUCAGCUUCACCGGGAGACUUUGUUUGUGUAUGUAAACAGUGCCUUCUCUCCGAACCCUGAUGAGCUAGUGUUGGAUCUGUGUAACAACUUUGGGAUUGAUGGGAAAUUGGUGGUCAAUUAUGCAUGUUCCAUGGCUUGGGGUUGAUUACUGCCAAGAUUUGAUUCUGUACAAUAAUGAAAGAGAAGAUAGGAUUCUGGUUUAAGUUAGCAGGGUUGCUGGAUGGAUAGUUUGAAGAUGGUCGUAAUGAAAACUCUUACUUUACAGAAUUAUAUACUCCUCCCGUCCCACAUUUGGAGUCACUUAUUGUUAUGGCUCGGGUUUUAAGAAAGAGUUGAAGUGUGUAAUAAAUGAAGUGAGAUGGUGGAGGGUGUAAUAAAUGAAGUGAGAUGGUAGAGUGUGUAAUGAAUGAAGUGAAAUGGUAGAGUUGGUUGAA